CGCAUUAAAUUCGUGUAUAAAUACUUGUUUAAUGAAAGCGCAUGGAUUUAUCAAAGGUUCAGUUCGGAGGUACAACGUGUCAAGUUCAAGCAUCUAAGAUGAAGAGUGUCACAUUGGUUGUAUUGCUAGCAGUCACCCUUGGGUAUGCAGCUGUAGAUGCUGCGUCGCGACCCCAAGCUCUGUUUACUGAACCAGACGAUAACUUGGAAAAGCCACGGGUGCUUCUAGCAUCUAAGAACAGCGACAAUGACAGGCUUUUGUCCAGCACAUACCACAGGGUGGAUAGAUCGCACAGAGUAGCUCACAAUCAAGAAAUUGUCAUUCGUUUGGUUGAGUACGCCAGAAUCACAAGAGUAGAGGGUUGGGGUGGUUCAGAUUCUGUAUUGAAAGUCCUAGACGGAGGGCUGGGUCACAAUUUCAUCAAAUUAGGUUAUGGCACUGAAGAAGAAAUGGAUUUCAAUUAUAGAUUUUAUGUAUACGGUUAUCUUGUGUGCGACGAUUGAAUAAAAUAAGAAUGUAAAUAAAAUUUUGGAAAAAUUA